AUGCAAGUUUUUGUCCGAACAUUUACAGGUAGAACUAUUACUAUUGAUUGCGAACGAUCAGAUACAAUCGGACAAAUCAAAGACAUAGUUCAUGAUAGAGAAGGUGUUCCAUCCGAUCAGCAACGUUUUAUUUUUGCUGGAAAACAACUCGAAGACAAACGAACGCUUACCGAUUACAACAUUUUAAAUGGAUAUACCAUUCAUCUGGUGUUGCGUCUUCGAGGUGGAAUGAUGAUAUUUGUGAAAACUUUGACUGGUAAAACGCUCACCCUUGAAAUCGAUCCAUCGGAAUCGAUUGAAAAUAUCAAAGACAAAAUUUUUGAUAAAGAAGGUAUUCCACCAGACCAACAACGUAUGAUUUUUGCUGGUCGACAGCUCGAAGAUGGACGUGCUGUGAGUGAUUAUAAUAUUCAAAAGGAAUCGACACUUCAUCUUGUGCUCCGCUUACGAGGUGAUUCAGGAAUGUCUUCUACGGCUCGUGCAAUAGGAUUUUCUGUUGGUGGUGCUAAAGAUAUUAACAACUUCCGAGAAAAUAUUCAGAAUAAUCAUUUACCGAUUGUCACCGACGUGUCUUACGAAGGACUUUUCAAUGAUUAUUUCUUCGAUACUGGUGAUCAAUCAAACGAUUCUCAAGAAAAACAAUUGUUUUGUCCAUCCUAUUCUAUAGCAAUAACAAAAAAUCCGUUACAAGACGAACGAACACAACAGACUAUGGAAUAUUACAUGACUGUCGGUUUAAAUUCUAAUUUAACUGAAGAAACUUUCAAACGAAACCCAAUGAAUUUAGUCAUUUGUAUUGAUAAAAGUGGAUCAAUGUCAUCACCAUUCAAUCGUUAUUAUUAUGAUCGUACUGGAUCUCAAACUACAAACAAUGAAGCCGAGUUCGAUACACGUUCGAAAAUGUCGAUAACCAAUGAAGUUAUUGCCAAAGUCAUUGAUCAUCUGAAACCAAAUGAUCGUUUAGCAAUAGUGACAUUCGAUUCCCAAACGUCGAUUUUCCAACCAAUGAAGAAAAUCAAUAGUUUAAAUAUGGAAAAGUUAAAAUCUCUUGUGGCACAGAUUCGUGCUGAUGGUAGUACAAACAUGAGUGCAGCGUUUGAUACUUGCGCCGCAUUGUUCGAAGACGUGUCUCUAAUAGAAGAUCAAGAAUAUAACCAUCGAAUCCUGUUUCUUACCGAUGCACAGCCGAAUGAAGGUUACUUAAAUGAAUUAAGUUUAAAUUCACGUCUCGAACAAUUAGCACGACAUCGUAUUUACUUGACAUUUGUUGGCGUUGGAAUUGAUUUCAAUACAAACCUGAUAUCUUCGAUUACCAAACAUCGCGGUGCAAAUUAUUUCUCCGUGCACAAUUCGAAGAAAUUUCUCAAACUACUGGAUGAAGAUUUCGAUCUCAUCUUAACACCAUUAGUAUUCAAUGUUCAAAUGAAAUUGCAAUCGAAUAUAUUCGAUGUCGAACGUGUUUAUGGUUCGCCUGAAUGGGAUGAAACAAAGCGAAAUGAAUUGAUCAAAAUUAAUACUUUAUUUCCAUCGCGAACGGACGAUGAUGAAUGUACACGGGGUGGAGUUGUUCUUUUGAAAUUAAAAUUAAAAGUCAAAGAUUCGUUGGAGAAAGCAUCGAAUACCCAAGCGCAUUUUGCGGUCACAUAUGAAGAUCGUUUGGGUAAAGUUUAUGAAGAACAACAAACGAUGUACAUGCGAAUUGGAAACGAUGAAGUUCAUUAUGAUAAUUUAGGUAUUCGAAAAGCGAUUCUCUUGGUAAAUUAUGCAGUUUUAUUGAAGAAGUGGAUUACCUACGAACGCGAACAACAUUUUCAGAAGAAAACGAUUAUUUCUCAUGUAGAUGAAACGAAUGUGAACAAUUUAGGUGAAUGGGAACGACAAUCGACUACAUUAGUUGUAUCCGAUCAAUCCCGAAAAGUAUUCAAGGAAUUCCUACAUCACUUUCAAAUGGAAAUGGAGGCAUUAAAUGAUACAGAUCUCGAACAAGAAGUGAAACUUAUGAAAAAAUUGAUUGAAUAUAAAAAUUAA